UAGCCCACUUAAUACUUAAAGCAACAGUAUACUUGUUGCAACUGUGGCUUGAAAAAGUUUAAGUUCUUAAGUCAUCCGUCAAUAAAUUGUUUAUUCAUUUUAACGGACCUGAGUUCAUUUUCCGUUGCCCAAAAGAGACUUAUGAAAAGCUAGAAAGCGAAAAUAUGUCGACAGCGAACCUAUUUUCUGAGACAAGCUGAGGUUCUCUGUUCCGAUGACGUGAACGAGCAAAACGCUAGCUACAGCGAGCAGGAUUAUACAGUAGCAAAUAUCUCGCAUCUGCUAAAACGUCUUUUCAAAGAAUGUCAUAUUCCGCAAGUAAUGUAGAUAAUCUAUUGUAGACGAACGCACGGUAGUUUCGGUUGAGUUUAGCUUUAACUGUGCAAUGUAUAUAUUUCUAUAUUGGCUCGUUGGGUCGCUAUCUAGAUGCUAGGUGUCAGUAUGUGUGUUCAAUUUCACUUUCUCACUUUCGAGUGGACUCGUUUACGGCGAAAUUAGCUUUACGUGAUGGUUACAUACAAUGUUAAAAUAUAAGUAAUACUAACUAGCUCAGUGCUAAGAAAAUUUAAUAAGCCAAUAAACACAAAUUUUGUUAAAGACGAAUCAUCGACUGAGAAUGGUCUGUUAGAUUUACCUACGCAUGCGUUCCGAGCAGCUGCCAAAUUCGUAGACUACUCUUCUUUAGAUGAUGGCACUGGUACCCUAUGAUCGGAAUUCUAUCCCCGCUCUCUCCAAACUUCACGAUCCUUCGGUCGAAUUUCACUUCGCAAACCGCCGGUUGCGUCUUACUCAGGACUGGAACCGGCUUGGAGUGGCUGCCGUGGUGUGGGAUGCAGCUGUGGUGCUGUGUAUGUACAUGGAGCUGGGCCAGAUCGAGCUGGCGGGCAAGGCUGUCAUCGAGCUGGGGGCGGGCACGGGGCUGGCGGGCAUCGUGGCAGCGUUGCUAGGUGCCAGAGUAACGAUCACAGACAGAGAGCCAGCCCUGGAGCUCCUGCGUGCCAACGUGCAUGAUAACGUUCCUCCAGAGCAGCAGGGGGCAGUGGCGGUCUCAGAGCUCACCUGGGGGGAAGGGCUGGAGCGCUACCCGGCGGGCGGCUAUGACGUGGUGCUGGGGGCGGACAUCGUGUACUUGGAGGAGACGUUCCCGGCCCUGCUGCGGACCCUGGAGCACCUGAGCUCGGACGGAACCGCGGUGCUGCUCGCCUGCCGGAUCCGCUACGACCGCGACGUCGCGUUCCUCGACACGCUGCGCCAGAGCUUCGACGUGCAGGAGGUGCACUACGAGGCCCAGCGGGACGUCCACAUCUACAGGGCAGCGAAGCUGCAGGCCAGGCGGGAGCUUUGAUCCGAGGCUCCCGGCCUUGAAAGAACUUCGUCGCACGCUUGAGGGUCUCGAAAGGGAGUUUGAUUCAGAUGGACCGUAUGGACUGGCAUUUAAUUCACGGGGCCGUGGAAAAUAAACGCCAACGUCUUAAAAAUGGUGAAAUUACAACGCAAAUGUGUGGGAGAGUAUUGUAGCUCAUGGUAAUAAUCCAUUGUACGUGAAAUGAUGUUGUGUUCAAGAUGCUCUAAAUUUGGGCUGGAACCCAGAAUUGUAAAGUCACUGCUUUGUCCAGCUAUAACAGGACGUCCAGUACUGUAAAAAUCCUCAAAUACUGAGACUUGUUCCAUUAAUAUCGGGCCUAUAUUUUAAAGGCAUUCUAUGCAGGAUUUUUUAGCUUUGCUGUGGUCCUGUUUACAAUCUAAGAAGUUUCCUCCUCCGUCUUCAGCCCUCACCCCAAGGAGGUUACCUGUCCAAGUCACUGACACUCAAAUUCUUGAGAAACUACCGGUAAAUUUCUCCCAACAAUUACUGGGGAUCACGAGCCGGACAUCCAUGUACAAAUAUUUUGUGAACACUCCACUCGUAGGAAAGUACGGACACAGGAGCAACACGACACAGGGUGGAGUUACUUUGAAAGCAAUUUAAUGUGGCAUUACAUAAGUCUAUAAAAGGCUGGUGCAAUAGAUUGUUGUCACAGAAGGCGCUAAAAAGGAGAUGUGGGCAUAGGUUAUUAUGGUAAUGCGGAAGCGGCGAGCCUUCUCAGCAUCAAAGUUAGUACGUACAGCGCAGUGCCAACUCACUGGAACACAAAAAACGGAUGCUAGUCAGCAUACAGUAUGUACAACAUAUUGUUUAAAAUUAUACUUGUUAAACUGCCAUUAUACAAACUGCACAAAAGGUUAAAAAAAAUCUCCCCGUUAUAUGGAGCUCCAAAAACACUAUAGUCCCACUCCCAAAAAUAAUUUUACAGUUUUCUCACUGAAGAGUGCUAUUCUUUAAAUAAUGCAGAGAAAAUUACUUGGACUUUUAAUACAGGUGAUUCGCUGAAGGUU